AGAUAUAGAUAUAUAUUCUUGUGUUCUCUAGUCACAAUUUCAAUGUUGCACACAUCAUACAAAGUGCUCCGGCUGCUGUUGCUGUUGUUAGAAUUCGUACUCAUUCCAUUGGCUGUGGCACAAAACUAUUGCGAUCCGGCUUUGUGUCCGGGCGGAUUGCAUCAUGUCGUUUGCGGCAACAGUGGCCAAUUUGUGAGCGGUUGCAGCGGUGAAUUUGUCCCGAUCGAUGCCCAUAUUCCGCUUAUACUCCAGCUCCAUAAUGAGAAACGCAAUCUAAUCGCUGGCGGCGGUCUUUCUGGAUUCCCCAGCGCUCUCCAUAUGGCCACAAUGAGCUGGGACUCGACUCUCGCCCAGAUAUCCGCCUAUAAUACGCUCCAAUGUCGCCUCGCCCACGACGAAUGCCGGAAUACGCCAACUUAUCGUUAUUCCGGACAGAAUCUGAGUAUUCUCUACACACGCAGCGGGGAUAUAGCCGAUUUUCUGCGUCAAAGGAUUGCGGCUUGGUUCGAUGAAUAUCAUUAUGCGACGAGUGCAGAUAUGGAGGUAUAUAGACCAAGAGGAGGACCAGCCAUCGGACACUUUACCACCAUGGUGAAUGAGAGACAGAAUCGUAUUGGAUGUACUAUCACCCGAUUUACAGACGCAAGUGGAGUGAGUGCCACAUUACUGGCUUGUAACUAUGCUGUCACAAAUGUCCAGAACAAUCCCAUUUAUCGGGCUGGACCACCUGCAUCUGAGUGUAUCAAGGGUCGCAAUCCGAAUUACACCAACUUGUGCGCGGAUAAUGAGGUCUACAGCUAUAAUACCUGGGCAGGUUAAACUAUUAUUAAUAUAUAAUAUGUUGUAAUUCUCACUCAUUUGCCCCUGCACUCAUUUCCUCAAUAAAAUACCGUUAUCACUAAA